AUGUCAAACAACAAUUCCAAUGCCGGUGGCAACAAACGCAGCCGCUCCCCACAGAGGGUAGGCUCCAAAAUCAGUUACGAGCGGGGCUUUGUGAACAACAAUGAGGGGUCUACACAAUGGGCCUCCGUCAGCCAGACGGACAUCCACGAGAAAGAUGGCAAUAGGAUGCUCUAUCAAGCCCGGCAAGAGUACAGCUUAAGCAGCACCAACGCCGCCCAGCAAGCGCCCACCAGUUAUCCCGCCGCCCAGAUGGACCGCGUCGUUCGCAACCCGCACAGCCAAACCGGGAUGAAUAACCAGUUCCUUGGAGUCACUCCAUUUGGCAAUGCUUACACGAACACCGGUAUCACUGCCUCAAGCUUCUCCGGCAGUUGGACUCAGUCUGCCGCCACCCAGUCGGCCAUUGCCCAUUCCGCUGCUGGGACCUUCCCGAGAAGAGAACUGGGAUCCGGCCACCACACCGGUGCCAACACCGGUGCCAACACCGGUGCCAACAACGGCGCCAACAACGGCGCCAAUGGUGCCAGCCAGCAGAACUAUAGGUUCCAUUGA